AGCAGUAAACAGAAGCAGCAGGCGCCGCCCAAAUGCCAGCAAUAUGCUGCUGCACGCUGCACUUCACAUUACUAUGCAGCCAGAGAAGCGGACGAGAGGGUCAGUCUUCAUGCAACAAGUUUCAAGGAUGAGGAAAAUCAGAACAAGAAUUUUUUUGCUGGUGGGAGCUUUUGGUCUGUUGGUCCUCCAUCUCUGUAAAGAUUUUAUUGACCACAAAACCAUCCGCCUCCAAGUAGAUGUGAGAGAGGAUGCCAGUCAAAAGAAGCUAAGCACCAGAAACAACUCUUAUGUAUAUUCCUGGCUGAGAUGUCAACAAAAUAUUUCUGCUGCCAACAUCCAAGGCUUCAACUCUCUUCCUGGUAGUAUAAAAGACUUUCUCUACUAUCGUCACUGUCGCCAUUUCCCCAUGCUACUGGACGUCCCUGACAAAUGUGGAGGAGCUGAUGAAUCUGCAGAAGUCUUCCUUCUGCUGGUCAUUAAAAGCUCCCCUGUGAACUACGAGCGCCGAGAGGUGCUGCGCAAAACCUGGGCUAAAGAGAGGUUACACAAUGGUGUGUGGAUCAGAAGGAUCUUCAUCUCGGGAACGAUGGAUACAGGUUUUGAGAAGGAGAGACUGAACAAACUCCUUGAACUGGAGCAAUGCGAGUACAAUGACAUCAUUCAAUGGGACUUUGGUGACUCAUUCUACAACCUCACCUUGAAGCAGAUUCUCUUCCUUGAAUGGAUGGAAAGAAACUGUCCAAAUGCUCGCUUUCUGCUAAAUGGUGAUGAUGACGUCUUUGCCAACACAGACAACAUGGUUGAGUAUCUCCAAAGCCUCAAGGACAAUGAUGGGAGCAAGCACCUUUUUACUGGCCAUCUGAUCCAGAAUGUGGGUCCCAUUAGGGAUUCACGGAGCAAGUAUUUUAUCCCAGUUCAGGUGCAGGAGUCAGACUCAUACCCCCCCUACUGUGGUGGUGGGGGCUUCCUCUUAUCUGGCUACACAGCUUUGGUCAUAUACAAAAUGUCUCACUCCAUUACCAUUCUUCCCAUUGAUGAUGUUUAUAUGGGAAUGUGUCUGGCUAAAGCAGGACUUGGUCCUGUUUCCCAUAUGGGUGUGAAGACAGCAGGACUGCACAUUCCCUCCAGCACGCUAGAUGGAUAUGACCCUUGCUAUUAUAAAGAAAUUCUACUGGUACACAGAUUCCUUCCUGCUCACAUGUAUCUUAUGUGGCACAGAAUACAUGACCCCAAAUUGAAAUGUGGUCCCUCUGAGAAAAAGCUUUAGCAGAACCAAACUGUAACUUACAAGUAGUGACAGAACUCGUUGGCACUUUGCUUUCUGCACCAACUUGUAGGUUUUGAGACCAGGCUGGACCUUCUUCAUUCUAUCAUGGAAAAAUGUUUGAACUGUUUUCUACCACUGUUUUGCUACAGUUUUUUGUUAGGCUUCAGCAAAGUCCAACAGAACUUAUUUAAUCUUAAUGCCAUUAAUGUGGGCAAGCAGUCAGCCAGACACAAAGGGUAGAAGGGAGUGUUAAAACCUUUUUUGACAUACAAAUGAGCAGCUUUUCCUGGAAUUAAGGGCUGGAAGUUAUCAGCUGUUUUAUUGACUAAUAAUGGGGUUGCAAAACUUGUGUUGUAUUGGGCUUCAUUGUUGGCCACAUCCAAGCACUGACAAAUUAUGACCAUUUAUUUUGGCUAAUGUCCUAUAAAAUAACUGCCUACUUAAACAUCCAGUAGACAUGGAGAUGUUGUUGACCAAUGUCUUUGACAUUACUGAUUGGAUUCCAUCAACUCCUGAGAAAAAUAACUUUAGUUCGCCAAAUGCUACACUUUUCUUCACUGGUUUGUCUGAUGCUUGUUGCUGUGCAGGUACCAUACAGCAGAGUUUGUUUGCUGAAAACAGCUGCUUGCUGCUGGAAACAGUACAGGUUGAUGCGAACUAUGAGAUCCAACCAAUCAGUAAAUUUGAAGGCCAUAAAACAUCAAACACAACUCUAACAACCUAAAAGGCAAAAAGCUCAAUGGAGUCGCUGAGAUGUGUGACUAUACAACUAUCACUUUAUAUGUAGUCAUUUUAUUGAAUAAAAAUAUUGAUUAAUGGAGUUUAAAGGUAUACAGUAGGUGAAGCGGAACACUUAAAGGAUAGAUUCACAAUUUUUCAAAUCUGUCUUAAAAACAAUA